UUUCGACAGGAUUUUUUUUUUCUUCCUGUAACUUCCUUCAGGGAGAAACUGCAGACACCGGUGCCUCCAUCAACAGGCGGGGUACUGGCUCUCUUUUAUUUUAUUUUAUAUAUUUAUAUAUCUGGUCUACUCGGACGCUCUCAGGAGGGUUUCUCUUGCGGGUGCAACUGGAGCGACUCCACCAAGUUUUUCCUCUUCUCCACUCCUCCCUCCACCUCCUCCUCCUCCCCCCUUUUUCUGCCUGAGGAAUGAGAGGAAGAGCCGAAACUCGCCUGUUUUGAAUGAACAAAAGAAGAAAAAGCGAGAUUACUGCCGCAGAAAUGGAGGACGUUACUCAGACAGGUUCAACACCUUCCCACUCGGCUCUGAACACAAACCCUACGAGGCUUGACCCGGAGGGGGAGAGUAGCCCCCCGAAGACGGAUAUCACUGAGAGAAUGGAGUCUCCAGCCAAGAAAGAUACAGAUCGGAGAUUGACAACCCCCACAAAAUCUGACGUCAUUCCUCGAUCACCGGGGUCACCUGCAUCACCUGUCCCCAGGUUGAAGAGUGCUAAAGACAUCAUGAAAUCACAGGAGAGGCAGAAGCUUGCCAAGGAGCGGAGAGAGGAAAAGGCCAAAUAUCUUGAAGAGCUCAGCAUGCUACAAGCUGCUAAAAAGAGCCAGUGGCUGGAGAAGGAGGAGAAGGCUCGGCAGCUGAGGGAACAGCAGUUGGAGGAGCGCCGCAGGAAGCUCGAGGAACAGCGGAUCAAGACGGAGAAACGGCGAGCCACCCUGGAGGAGAGACAGAAACAGAAACUGGAGAAGAAUAAAGAACGCUAUGAGGCAGCCCUCAACAGGUCAACCAAGAAAACGUGGGCAGAAAUCCGCCAGCAAAGGUGGUCCUGGGCUGGUGCACUAAGCCAGAACUCCAGCCAGAAAGAAACUCGUAGCCUUGCACUGAGUCCAUGGGAGAGCAGUAUAGUUGACCGGCUGAUGACGCCAACGCUGUCUUUCCUCGCUAGGAGCCGCAGUGCUGCCAGCGUCCUCACCAAUGGCAAAGAUGGAAACUCUCCUAUCUGCCCCCGUUCGGCCUCAGCCAGUCCCUUCACCUUGUGCGCCCACCAGCCCCACCAGCCCCACCACCGCUGCUCCGACCGCUGGAGAGUGACGUCCAGCACACCAGACAUCACCCAGCGCCAACACAGACGGAGCUCCACUCCCAUGGAUAAAAACAAGAAAGAAAAGAAAGACAAGGAACGGGAGAAUGAGAAGGAGAAGAGCGCCAUCAGUAAAGAGAAGGUGUUUAAGAAGAGACAGUCUCUACCCAGUAUGAGACACAGACCUGAUCCAAGUCCUAGUCCUUUAUCAAGACAACGGCCGUCAUCCCCAGCUACGCCUAAGGGCAGAACUGCCUCCCCCAGCCCUGCUGCCUCUCCAAAGCCUCCAUCUACACGUGGAAGCCCGUCAACACCUAAAUGUCGACCAAAAAGAGCCAGGACCCCUGCCAGGAUAGACCACCGCGCAUCCUCCCCAGUCCCCCUGGAAAGAGUGAAGGAGCCUCGCAGGCCCUUAACUCCCGAACAGAGAAAAAGUUCCCCCGUGGUUCCUGCCAUCACAGUAGCCUCAGCUGCUGCCUCACCCCAUGGGUCUAGAGUGCCAGUUACGUCCUCUGCAGCCUCGCCCUCACCUGAGCCAGUCCAUUCAGCUCCGUCUGUUCCUGCAUCAUCACCUACACCUUCUCCAUCAGCCAAACCCAUGGCGGGCACCAACAACCAAGAGGAGGCAGCUCGCAUCCUGGCAGAGAAACGCCGACAGGCCCGAGAGCAGAGGGAGAGGGACGAGCAGGAGCGCCGCGAACAGGAGGAGAAAGAGAGGAUCCUGAGAGAGGAGCGAAUAGCUAGGGAGGCAGAGGAGAGGCGACUCAGGGAGGAAGAGGCACGCGCCAUGGCCGAGGAGCAGAGGAGGAGGGACGAAACCCAGCGCCUGCAGGACGAGAAGGAGGCUCAGGAGAAAGCCAAAGCCGAGGAGGAGGAGAACGUGCGCCUACAAAAACAGAAGGAAGAGGCUGAGGCUAAAGCCCGGGAGGAGGCGGAGAAGCAGCGCUUGGAGAGGGAGAAACACUUCCAGAAGGAGGAGCAGGAGAGGCUGGAGAGGAAAAGGCGUCUAGACGAGAUCAUGAAGAGGACACGCAAGACAGACGGAGGCGACAAGAAAGAGACAAAGUCUUCCCCUCUCACAAACGUCAAUGACAAAGAGGCAGAGAGCAGCAAAGCUUCUGCUGAUUAUCAGCCAAAGCCAGAGAUCAACCUCUCCAAUAACAAGACAGAAAAUGGACAGACCAGCGUGAAAGAAAGCAGCCCCUCAGUCCCAGUGGUCAAUGGAAUCCAGCCCACAAGACAUGAAAACGGUCUAUCCACUAAAGGAGACCCUGCCCACUUUGGCGAUAUCAUCAAUCUCGCAAAUCACGGCAACACCACCAACGGAGCACGGGACAAGUCUGAGACCAGCAUGGCCAGUGAGCCGAUCCUCACGUUUGAAAGUGAGGAGUCAUUCAUGAAGAAGGCAGGCCCCAUGAAACCUCAGCAUGUUGCAGAGGUCCUGUGACAUGUUCCGAUGUUGAAGUGCUCGUCGCCUUGGCCACUGAGUUUUCCUGUGCCCUGCCAACGCACGAAUGGGGAGCCCUGUGAACUGUGCCAAACUUUUUCUAAGCCCCUAAAAAGCAAACAUACUUUUCUCUGAAUAUGAAGCGGGCCACAGAAGAUGACGAUCUAGCAUCAGGACACAAAAGCAAAAAGACAGCGGGAUGGGCGGUGUUGCUGUGUGCAACACAGGUGCGUCAGUGUUAACAUUUGUAAAAGAUCUUUGUGGCACAGAUUCCGUGCACCUUAAUGCUCAAUAGUAUCAUCCUUUGUACAUUACAGUCCAGCUGAGUAAUUAUUACCAUAAGCUGUAAGUGUUUUGUUUUUUCUUUGUUCUUUAGUUAUUUAACUGAAAGAUAAAUAUGGGUACAUUUUGUGAAUAAUGUAAAUUAACUUUGUGUGAUGGACAAAGGAGGUCUGUGGUUUAAAGUUGUAUGAAAGGGAGUCAUUUUAUGUUACUCUGCUCUGAGUAGACCCUCUACGUAAAACUAAGGUAUUAUACAUCCUGGUCUGUAUAAAGCUACCUGUAACAGUUUUUGUAAAGUUAAAUGGAGAAAUCUGGAUGCAACAGCUUCUUACUGUGUAGACAUACUGUCUGUGUAAAUAUUAGCUAUGGUUGAUUGUACGCAAAGCUGGAUGUAAUAAUGAGUGUGCAACUUCACAAAUAAGAAACCACAGUUCAUUUAAGGUCAAAUCCCUAGAAACAAGGAUUGAAUCCACUAUUAAACAGUAAAAGCUGUUUUUUACGUCAUGUGCAAGCAUGACAACGUUUUCUCUCAUAUGCAUUGAGAUUCCAUGGACUCGUAUGUAAUUGAAAUGCUGGUGCGUGUAAAUGCUAUAAUUAUUUUGAUGUGCGUUACAACGUCAGUUGGAGCAUCUUAAGUCUUAUUAAAGGCAAGCUGU